AUGUUUCCCUUGCCCCCAAAUGUCAUCAGACAUCAUCAGCACUGCGGCAGGCAGGAACCAACCAGUCAUCGCGGCACGAGCAGGGACUGUGAGGCCUCAUUUGGGCCAAACAUUCAUGAGACCUCGUUCCCCAACUACUGCAAUGUCCCAUCCCCUAUUCGUUGCCAACAGCAGACCAACCGGGCGAGAAACCGCCUGGUCAGGAUGAUCAAUGGCAGCAGGGCGCGACAGCAAGUCAACGGCUCGGCAACGCCGCCAAGCGCGGUGCGUCGCAGUGAGGCCUUCGUACCAUCCAUCCACUGUGGUGGUAGGGAUUUGACGAAGUACUUCUGAGCAGACAAUCCACUUCGUGUCCGUCACUCCCUUUUCUUUUCGGGUUCCAAUCACUCGCGUCGCCCCACUCCCUUACGUACCAUUAGCCACAAAUGCAAGUUGCGUCGGCCAUUUGCGGCAGUGGGUUGGGAUCUUUCGUGUCCCUCACAUGGAUUCCAAGGUCCAAUGGUCCUUGGACCAGUACCAGGUGUCUUUCAGGCUCUUGACCAAGGUACUCUGCCUUCCAAGGCAGCUACGGCAAGUACUCCGUAUGAAGGCCAGCCUAGUGGAUAGCUAUGGUGGAGAGACACGCCCACAGUUGGGCAGGUACCGGCAACCCUAUCUUGAUGUACUAUAGGUAGGUAUUUCGUUCGCAUUUUGCAUUUUCACAGGAAACCUGUUGGGCUCAAGAAUGCCCGCCCGCUGCAUGUCAUGGUUUUCUAUAAGCGGCGCAAAGGCCUGCCCUGAGCCAAAAAUAAAGUGGCAACUUCGCGAUCGUCUCCCUAUUUUUGUCCUCACCAGCCCGCAACAAACAAACUCAUCCUUUAGCUUCCCUUGAAAGAUCAAGGGCUUAUUCCCAACACCUAGACUGAAAAUCCUAUCCAUGUAUAGGGACUUGUCUAUGCGCCCGCGCUAAUCCUCUAGUUCGUCAGCCCCUGCCGUCCCUGAUUGCUCCCAGCGCUAUCAUAUGCCCUGACCUCAUUUGCACACUUGCGUACCGUUUCACACCUGCCGUGCCUAGACUAUUCCGCGACGUGUACCGGCCAUGUGUCUUCCUCUUGCAUACCUAGCCUUUCUUGCAUUUUUCUACACCUAGGAAGGACAUUGCUGCGCAUGUAC